AUGACGACAACACCUUUGAUGCGAACGAAGAGGAGAAGACCUCGAAGCUCUCUUCUCCUUUUCCUUUUCCUUUUCCUUUUCGUGCUCUUUAUUGCUGCGCUGUUGUUCUUUGAUGACGAGACGCGCGUUUUUUCGUGCGUUGAAGCGGCAAACGAAGGAGGAGAGGAAGACAUUUUGGAACCGGAGUGGCCGUUUUUACCUAAUUCGAACGAGGACACCACAGACGGAGAAUCAUCGGAUCUCUCGAAAGAGACGACGGAAAAGACACAACAGACGCCAAACUUUAUAUCCGCGGAACUCUUCCGCGCGUUACCGGCGCACAUCACCCGGAAUAAAGUCCGAUCGUCGGCGCUUUUAGAGACUCUGGGGAAAAUGAGCAAAAACAGUGCAAACAAGAAGAACAAGAAGAAGAACGACAACAACAACAACAACAACAUAAGAGGAGAAGGCGAAGGCGAAGAAAACGAAGAGGAAGAAGAUGCUUUGCGACGCGUGGACAACUGUAGGGAGAUUUUAGAGAGGGAGGAUUCUUUCUUCUCGGAUGCCGCCGCGCGGGGCGGGAGCGGCGGCGCGACGAAGACGAGCGGCGGCAGCGGCGGCGGCGAGGGGAAGACGAUGGUGAAGACGAAGAGAGAUGCGAUCGACGCGUUGAUUGAUAUGGUGAAAGAAAAUCCAAAGAGGAAAGAGGCGUGGAGAGAGUUGGGUUUGGCGAUGCAGUUAGGGAGAGGUUCGGCGGACGCGGCGUUGACGAGAGCUUUGUCGGAAAGGAGGAGCGAUGAUGGUGAAGAAGAAAAAGACGAGGAGAAAGAGAAGAAGAUGAAAGAGAAGAAGAAGAAAAAGAAGAAGAACGGCGAGAACGUGAUGAUGACGAUGAAUGGGAACGAAUGGAAACGAAUCGACGCGGAAAAGAAAGCGGUAUAUUUUUUACAGCGCGCGGCGGAUUUAGGCGACGCGGAGGCGCACUUUGAGUUGGCGUUUUUGUACAGCACCGGAUUAGGCGGCGUUGUGGAGAAGGACGAGCGGUUGGCGAUGACGCACCAUUAUUUCGCGGCGAGAGGCGGUGACGUGCGAUCGCAUUUAGCUUUAGGGCAUCGACACGCGAAGGGAAGGUUCGCACCAAAAUCGUGUCAAGCGAGCGUUUUGUAUUACCAUCCGGCGAGUUUGAAGACGGUAGAACCGGUGAUUGCGCCGGUGAUGGGCGAGAACGGGCAGAAAGGAUUCGAUAAUUUUCGGUUGAGUCGAGACAUGAAGUCGCCAAAGAAACUGAAAAGGCAGAAAGACGUGGUGACGUAUUACCAGUACGCCGCGGAUUUGGGGAACUCGGAAGCGCAGAACGCGGUGGGACACGCGUAUAUGGUAGGCACGAAAGGUUUGGACGUGAACUACGACGUCGCGGUGAAAUAUUUAGAUUUAGCCGCCGCGCAAGGCAACGCAGAGGCGAUGAGUUCGUUAGGUCACGCGUACGCGAACGGGUUAGGCGUGACGCAAAAUAACGAAACCGCUUUGAAAUGGUUCAAAGAGGCGAAAAAGUUGGGUUCUCCGCACGCGAGUUACGGAUUAGCGUACAUGUACUUGAGCGGUUUCGGAGUGGAAAAAAACGCGCAAGAGGCGGUGAAGGAGCUUUUGAAAGCGGCGGAGAGAGGGAGCAUGGAGGCACAGUUUCAUUUAGGCGCUUUGCACGUGAGAGGAGUAGCGCCGUUAGCGAGAGAUUACACGAAAGCGAACACGUAUUUCGGUUUAGCCGCGGCGCAAGGGCACUCGUUAGCUUCUUAUAACUUGGCGAUGAUGCAAUUGGGAGGUUUAGGCGCCCCGAUUGCGUGCGCGCCGGCGUUGGAUAAGUUGAAACUGUUAGCGGAACGCUCCUCGACGGUUAUAAACGUGAUGGAGAACGCGAGAGAACAUUUCGUGAGAAGAAACUAUAAAGAAUCCUUGUACGCGUACGCGAAAGCGUCGGAAAUGGGCGUCGAGUUAGCGCAAGCGAACGCGGCGUAUAUUUUAGAGAGGAACUUUGGCGGCGUGCAAAACCACUUAUCGAAAGAAGAAAGGAAACGGUUUUCGCUGUAUUUUCACGAACUCGCCGCGGAUCAAGGGAACGUCUUAUCGUUACUCACGAUUGGCGACGCGCAUUACGCCGGGUGGAUUUCUUCUUCCAUUUCAUCAGAAAAAGACGACGAUUCCGAGGAGACGUUGAUGGUAACCGACGAAGACGGAAACGUGCUCGUUCCUUCCAAUGCGAACUCAGAUUCCAACUACGAAAAAGCCGCGCAAGUCUACCGACGAGCCGCUGGUUUACGAAGCGCAGCUGCUAUGUUCAAUCUCGGGAGAAUGCACGAAGUUGGACGAGGCGUCGCGAAAGAUUACCACUUGGCCAAACGCUUUUACGAUUCCACUUUAUCGGCGGAGCCAGAUGCUAAGUUUAUAGUCAAAUUCGCGCUUUGGGGGUUACGAUUUCGAGAGUGGGUGGACGAGAAAAAUUGGAAGAAUAAAGACUACAGAACGAUAGUUUCUGAUAUCUUUCGCGAACUCUUGUUGCUCAGACCUGGAAUUUUCAACUCCAAUAUUAUGAGCGUCGGCGAGGACGAACCGAAACCGGCGAAGAUUGUCAUAUCGACUGAGAAAACGAAUCCCCCUCCGUCCUCUGCUGCGAGUGGUAGUGCAACCGAGCACAUCGUCAAAGAAACGAAUAAAGUAAUCGAGUGGGGAAAGAAGAACUCGGACGUGAUGUUGGUCAUCGCGUUAGGUAUUUUCUUGGUGAUUACUUUAGGCGUGCGAUCGAUUUUAGCGGCGAGACAUCACCAUCACCGCGACUAG